AUGUCUCGUCCUCUAGUCACACAGACGAUCAUCUACCGCAGACCCGACAUCUUGCCUCCCGUUUUCGUUGCUGGGUCUUUCAGCGAGCCACCAUGGACUCCACUGAGGAUGGAAUAUGCUCUCGAUAUGGACGGCGAGUAUGUCUUCACCCGAGACGUCCGCUUAGUCCCAGGCCGCGAAUAUCAAUUCAAAUUCCGGCUGGGCAAUAUGGACAUUUGGGUGGUCAGUCAUCGUUAUCCGACAACCUUUGACGAUGGCGGGAAGCAAAACAAUUUGCUCAAAGUCGAGCCGGAGUCCACACAGCCAGCUCACAAGAGCAUGCCGGGCAAGGUCCUGAACGAUAAAGGGAUCGUCAACAUUGGGAAUAGUCCUUUGACCAAGCCGAUGGAUACGUCGUCGGGCAAUGCAGACAGUGAGUAUUCACACCAGGACUGUAACCCAGUGCAGUCGCCGCUGUUCGCGCAUGAGUCCUUUGGCGCAUACGAGUUUGCCAAUGACGGCAAUGAACAAGACGAGUCUGUAGCCAUGAUACCGAGGCUAUCCAAAACAGCGUCAAAGGAUUUCGUUGCCAAUGAGGCCGACCCGAAUGAUCCAAUGAUCGAAAGUUUCCCCUGUGAGCGCGGACCUGUCAUGGAUGCCUUGCGCAAGCUCCAGUCCAGCUCGAGCGAUGAUUACUUGCAAGCAAUCAAGGCAUCAAUGUCGACUUUCAUGGCUCCAAGACGCGAAAGCCUUGACUCUGCAAGCGAUGACGUUGUAUCGACCGAAUCGCUUAGCCCGACGAACAAUUCCACAAUGAAGAAGCAAAAUAUGAUACCCGCACACUCAGGUCUACUCAAGACAAAGUCCACCGCAUCUUUAGGUUCCAUUGCCGAGGAGGAUUCCAAGGAGCCAAGAUCGGGCACGCGCACUUCGGAAAAGGGGGGGAAAGAUGCCAGUAAGCCACGUAAGACCGUCUUUGAGGGCCUUGAUUCCGGACCAAGCGAUGAGGACAAGGGUGUCGUUCUCAAGAAUGCAAAGGCUCGGACCGACGAGAGUAGCCAUCAAGCUAAGAAGUGGUUCGGGGUCACCGGAUAG